AUGUCUCCUCCCUCCGCGCCGCCAAAACACUCCAUCCUCGACAGCUUAAACAAUGCCCAGGCACGCGCCGUGACUUCGGAUGCUGCCACUACACACACCCUUACCUCCCGAGUGGUCUGGUUGGUGGACCAUGUCGGCUACCAACCACAAGAUGUCGUUGUCGCGACAUUCACCGUCAAGGCUGCGCGGGAAAUGAAGGAGCGCAUUGGAAAGGCUCUGGGAAACGGCCGCGAAAACAAGAUCAUUCUGGGCACAUUCCACAGCAUUGCUCGACGCUACCUUGCUGCGUAUGGCCGCCACAUUGGACUGAGCGAAAAGUUCAGCAUUGCCGACGAUAACGACUCGAGAUCCAUCAUCACGAGAAUAUGCAAAAGGCUACAACUGGGUCUUGAUCCACCAAUGGCAAAGGCCUGGAUAAGCAAGAAGAAAGCCAAGGGAAUGGAACCCAGUCCUUCCUCUUUGCCCCUACCGCCAAAGAAGCAGCCGAUACAGCAAGGUCAGCGGGAUCUGGAGGUGUGCUAUACCGAAUACCAGACGCACUUGGAACGAUCAAACUUGCUAGACUAUGACGAUCUGCUGGUCCGGUGCGUGGAACUUCUUCGCAAGUUCCCAUCUUGUGUGUCUAAUAUACAGACGGUCCUGAUCGACGAAUACCAGGACACGAACGGCGUGCAAUACGAGCUUAUGCGACUGCUUGCCCAAAAGCAUCAAAGAAUUACAAUUGUCGGCGACCCAGAUCAGAGUAUUUACGGAUGGCGCUCGGCCGAGAUCAAGAACUUGUGGAGACUUCUCCGCGAUUAUCCGAAAACUGACGAGAUUUCGCUCGAAGAGAACUACCGCUCGUCCCAAGCUAUCCUCGACUUAUCACUGCUAGUGAUUCAGCAGGAUAAGAAAAGAUAUCAAAAGGUCUUGAAACCAGUCCAUGACAGAGGCUCCCGUCCUUGGAUCGUCGCCGAGAUACGCCGUGCGCUUCUCAUGUCGGGGUCAAUGCUGACCCAUAACGAUGUGGCUAUUCUUCUGCGCUCAGCAUCGCUGUCAAGGCACGUCGAAAGUGUCCUCGGCAAAGCAGGAAUUCCUUACCGCAUGGUUGGCGGUUUCAAGUUUUACGAGCGUUCAGAGAUCAAGACUAUUCUUGAUUAUCUACGAGUCAUCCAUCAGCCCGACAACAAUGAUGCGUUUGGGAGGAUCAUGAACGUUCCCAAGCGAGGCAUAGGCGACGGCACUGUUAAAAACCUUAUCGAAGAAGCAGAGAAGUCAUCUCUCAGUCUUUACAGUCUCCUUGUCAAGCAUUGCCGGGGGGACCGUACUGCCAAGACCAAGAUCACCAAGCAUGCCGAACAGAAAAUUAGUGGUGAACUGAUUCGCAUGUUGAAUGGGAUACGGAAGAAGAUGGAAGAUGCUGCAGAGAGCAACCCUUUUGGCCUGGUCGAUUUGAUUGAGCAUUUGCUAACAGCCUUGAACUUCCAAAAUUACCUUCAAGUUACAUAUCCUGAUGACCACGAGCAAAGAUGGGCCAACGUCCAGGAGUUCAUUAGUCUUGCCAAUGACUUUGUGCAAGACCUACACAGGUCUGGCGAGGAUGCUCUUCCAGAAAUCGAGGGGCUUGAACAGUCAAAGGAGGAGGAAGUUCUCCCGCAAUUCUUGGCCAAUGUGUCACUCGCCUCCGAUGCUCAAAAGGGAGAAGAGGGUGAGGAGAGUCUUGAAUGGCCUAUUGUCUUCAUACCAGCAGUCUACAAUGGCUCUAUCCCGCAUAUGCGGUCCGAAGACGGAGAUGAAGAGCGAAGAUUGCUAUACGUCGCCAUGACACGGGCUCAAUCCUUGCUAUACCUCAGCUAUCCGGUGUAUAACAGUCCAGGGAGUAGCGAACGUACCGAACUGUCUUCGUUUAAGGGCCCUACUUUCGAACGGCCACUCAUGACCCAUAUCGCCAAGGUGCUCCAACGCGAGCUACCUUCAGAAAAGGAAAUCUUCAAGGGGAUCCCCAACAUGUCCCAUACCGAGGAUAACAUUGGACAGGGCUUUGACUCGUCAAGAUCAAAACGUCCCAAGCUCUACAACCCAGUGGCGAUAUCAACUGGAGACGGACACGAAGAACCUCAAUGGGCAAAGCCACACGCUACCACAAUGGACCAAGCGUCAACCUUCACCAUGGCUUCCCUCCCUGGCUUUGUCAACGCAGCCGUCCAUCAAGCAGCUAUCACCGCAGCGGCCAACGCCAGCGCCGCUGCCGCCUUGGAAGCCAGAGCCAACAAGGCCUCAGCUUCAUCAGGCAUCAAGCGAGGUACGAACAAGCGACCAGCCGACCAAAAGAGCAUUCUCGGAUUUGUUAAGAACAAUUUCGAGCCCGCCACCGGUGCCGGUUCAUCCAUCACUUCCGCCUCUACCACCACCAACCGCUUAUCCCGUAACCCAUCCCACCCCUCAAACCACAAUCACAACCCCUCAGCCCGAACCCUCACUAGCGCUGGCAGCCUCCAAAGAGCUCAAAGCCACCCUUCUAAACCCUCUGUCCCCGCCAUUACCACAGGUAUAGCCCCUGAACUUGCCUCCCAUAGGCUGGGAAGCAGUCGUGGUCUGAAUCUCAACGUCACUCGUCCUCCUUCUCUACAACCAUCCAAAGAUUCCUCUUCUGCGUCAUCUUUUCACUAUAAAAAGCAAUAUGUCUGUUUUUCGAGCUCGCCCACGAGGCCUGAACCCGACGAUACCAUAUCGGCUCCGCCAAAAUCAGCGGCAGGAGGAGACGAAGACGAAGCGGAGGAAAACGAACAGCCGCCUACUCCUACGAGGCCGGCGGGGAGUUUACAUGUGACUACUUGCCAUAAUGUCUUGCCGACGGGGUUGGGUGGGUACCCUGGAAAACGGAAAGCGGGAGGAGGGGCGGCGGGAGUGGUGAGGAAGCCGGUGGGGUUGGCGAGGUUGGGUGGGACGGAGGGGAUGGGGACAAUUAAACCGAUGGAGAGGUUGAUGAAGCCUUUUAAGCCUUUGACUAUGAAUCGGGCUGGAGGUUCAGGGGUUGGUGGUGGGGGUGGUGGGAACGGAAGUACGAUGGGGAGACCGGGAUUGCAAAGGCCUGGGAUGGGGAGGUGA